CCCCCACGGGAGUCCCGCCGGGCUCGGACUACAAGUCCCAGAAGCCUCUGCGAGGGCGGCCGGGUCGGGCCUGGCGUCUCCGGGCUCACCGGGGCCCGGGGGCUCCCGGAGGCGGCGGCGGGGCCUCACCGGGGCCCUGGGCCGGUCCCGGGCCGGGGCGGUUCGCAUGAGCCCCCCGCCACGCUGGCGGGGGCCGGGGCUGAGCGGGGCCGUCCCGCCAUGGCGGCGGGGAGCGGGGGAGCGGGGGCCGCCGCCCGGGAGCACCGUCUGGAGCCCGGGGACACGCUAGCGGGGCUGGCGCUGCGCUACGGGGUGACGAUGGAGCAGAUCAAGCGCGCCAACCGCCUCUACACCUCGGACACCAUCUUCCUCAAGCCCACCCUCCUCAUCCCCGCACCGGCCCAGCCAGGGGGACCCAGCCCUGAGGAUGGGGACGAGGACAAGGACACGCCUGUCCCCUCGGGGGACACCCCGGCUGUCCCCACGCCAUCCCGCCACGACCUCUCGGCCACUGAUUUCCUGCGGCAGCUGGACGCCGAGAUCGGGCGCUCCAAGGCGGCGGCGGCACGGCGGCUCCGCGCAGGCGGCACAGGCACGGACAAGGCUGAAGGCUCCCGGAGUCCCCCCUGCACCGGGGUCACCCCCCGGGGGGGACCCCGCCUGGGCCCCCGGCCCCUCACCAGGACCCCGCGUGCGGCCGCUCUGCGUGACGCUGAGGACGAGAUCUUCACGCUGUGACACCGGGGACACCGAGGACGAGAUCUUCAUGUUGUGACACCGAGGAUGAGAUCUUCACGUUGUGACACCGGGGACACCGAGGACGAGAUCUUCACGCUGUGACACCGAGGAUGAGAUCUUCACGCUGUGACACCGAGGAUGAGAUCUUCACGCUGUGACACCGGGGACACCGAGGACGAGAUCUUCACCCUGUGACGCGGGGGACCCUGAGGACAAGAUCUUCACGUUGUGACACCGAGGACGAGAUCUUCACGCUGUGACACCGGGGACACCGAGGACGAGAUCUUCACGUUGUGACACCGAGGACGAGAUCUUCACGCUGUGACACCGGGGACACCGAGGACGAGAUCUUCACGUUGUGACACCGAGGACGAGAUCUUCACGCUGUGACACCGGGGACAAGAUCUUCACGUUGUGACACCGGGGACACCGAGGACGAGAUCUUCACCCUGUGACGCGGGGGACCCUGAGGACAAGAUCUUCACGUUGUGACACUGGGGUCACCAAGGAUGAGAUCUGCACCCUGUGAUGCUGGGAACACUGAGGACACGCCGCCGUGACUGUCACCCUGUGGUGACAGGGAAUCCAGGACACCCACAGCUCCCAGCCCUGGUGGGGGGAUAGCGGAGGAGACACAGGGAUUUGGGGGGGACGGUGUCACCUCCCUGUCUCCUUCAGAGGGGACACAGGGAUUUGGGGGGGAUGGUGUCACCUCGCUGUCUCCUUCAGAGGGGUCACAGGGAUUUGGGGGGGACAGUGUCACCUCCCUGUCUCCUUCAGAGGGGACACAGGGAUUUGGGGGGGACGGUGUCACCUCCCUGUCUCCUUCAGAGGAGACACAGGGAUUUGGGGGGGGACGGUGUCACCUCCCUGUCUCCUUCAGAGGGGACACAGGGAUUUGGGGGGGGCGGUGUCACCUCCCUGUCUCCUUCAGAGGGGACACAGGGAUUUGGGGGGGACGGUGUCACCUCCCUGUCUCCUUCAGAGGGGACACAGGGAUUUGGGGGGGCGGUGUCACCUCCCUGUCUCCUUCAGAGGGGAGACAGGGAUUUGGGGGGGUGGUGUCACCUCCCUGUCUCCUUCAGAGGGGACACAGGGAUUUGGGGGGGACGGUGUCACCUCCCUGUCUCCUUCAGAGGGGACACAGGGAUUUGGGGGGGGCGGUGUCACCUCCCUGUCUCCUUUGGGGAGCCUGUCCAGCUGCAGGGACACAGAUUUACCAGCCGAUGUUUUUCCUCUGUUGUAUUUAUUUGUACGUCUUUGCUCUUGUGGGGUUUUUGGGGGGUGGGACCCCCCAGUGCCAGUGCCUGGACCCCCCCGUGGGGACAGUCACCCCCCAGCCUGAGAGCCUGUAAAUAAAACCCAGCACUGUC